ACACGUGUUCAUGUUGUAAGGCGUCAUAUAUUGAAUUGCGUUAUUUGAAAGUGAAGUCAAUUAAAAAUAAAGAUUGUACUAAUUAAGCAAAUAUAGUUAUAUUAUAUUGUUUUAAUAAAAAGAUUUGAAUAUGUUUUAUUUAAUUGAGUGUGACAAAGAUCAAUCUUUGUGUACUGUAGAAGACUUCGAAAUCGUGUGCGAUCCCGAUCAACCACCAAUAUUAGACGAAAAUGUUGAUUUUUUUUAUGGAAAAGAAAAGUACAAAGGGGUUGUUGUUGGCAUGUCAGAGGAUGCUAAUCUAUUGAACGAAAAGGCAAAAAAUUUAAAACGGAAACGGAAAGCUUCUGGUUCACCUGUUCAGUCAUCACCAUUACCUCCCAAGAGAUCCCGGAAGCCUAAGAAAAGCUUUUCUUUUACUGAUGAGAUUAGUGACUGUCAAGUCAAGAAGCCGAAAAAAAAUUCAGAUAAAAAAAAUCAAGAAAACUACACUAAAAACUUACAAAACCAAGUUAAAUCCAAAAUUCACGAUGGGAAUAAAGACUCGAGAACGGGACUUCCAAGCAACAAUCUGCAGUCAAUAAACCAGUCGCUGAUCGUCCAGCAAUAAGUCCCACAAAAGAGGAGCUUAGAAUGAUGCUUGAAAGACAGAACAAGCUCCUCGAAUUAUAUCGAAGCCCAUCACGUCAAAGUUCAGCAUUGAGUAGUAAAAUAUUGCAAAAAAGAAACGAAUCAGAUUCCGAAGACAGUGAUAAAGAAGUGUUACGUGCAGAAACAAGUUCUGCAAGUGAUAAUGAUGAUUAUAAGGAACCCCUCAGAGUAUCAAAAAAAGAAACACUUGAAGAAAAUGACAAUCAGGACGGUCAUCAAUCUGAAUCUAAAACGGAAAGUAAUAGUCCGAAAGAUGAUACAACUUUGAAUCCUCAAUUGUGGGGCAAAAACUGCGGCGAGCCAUUAGUUUUGUUGAAAAACAACAUUUACUGCAAAAAAGCGAUUUUUGACGAUGCAGAAGAUUUAUCUAGGAAGUCUGCUACAUCGCUUUUACGAAGAUUGAUGGGUGGAGUAUUUAGACCUGAUGUUAUUUUAAACGAACUGCACGUACAGUGGGCGGCCUCCUUCAGCACAAGGAAAAGACAAACAGCUUAAGAAAGUUGAACCAUUAGAUCGACUAGCCAAAAGAGCACUCAUGGAAUAUUGUGAUGAUUAUGCUACUAAAAAAGGAUGGUCAAAAUCCAACCCGAUUGAUCUACGUGCAGCUAUGUCACAAUGGAUCGGUGAGUUAAAAAGAACACAUCAAAAAAAUCUCAAACGAAACACAUAAUUCGUUUGGUCACACUCUUUUUUUGUUAACUUGAUAAAAAUACUUUAUCUCGCAUGACGUUACACGUCAAUCUAUAAUAAAUAAGUUCAUUAAGCUUUAAUAAGAUAAAUUGAGAAAGAUAACAAUUUUUAGUACAUGUUUAAUGGCUGUCAUCCAUCGAAUUUAUUGAUUAUUAAAUUUUUAAUUAUUAUCCAUUUCUGAAAUUUAAUAUUUUUUAUCAGAGUUUAUGCUUUUACGACAGAGGAGAGUAUUGUUAAAAUUUAAUCAUUUUGCUAAGUAUUCGAUUUCCAAGAUAUUUAAUCAUAAAAAAGUAUUACUAAGUUAUUAAGUAUUGUUAAGAUAUGAAAUAAACUGUUGUUAGUCAUAAAAUAGUACUCGUAAUUUAAAUAUGAGUCUUCAGACUAUAUAAUGAAUAAUGCUUGAGCGUUUGAAAAAAAGUAUUUUAACUUAUAAUGUGCAUCUGAGUGACAAGACAUGUGUGAUUACACAGAAAUUUAGUUCUUAAAAGUAUAUGAACGUUUAAGUUAAUUUCUAAGAAAUAUUUAAUGUUUGAUGUUUGUUCGUUUUCUAAUUUCAUUUUAUAUGGUAUUAUAUUUGUAUUUUAUUAUCUAACGUUAAAUUGUAAUCUUCUAUAAUAUAUUAUGAUACAAAAAAGAUUGUCAUUAGGCAUAAGAUAAUAUGUAUACGUAAUUAGAAAUGUUAAAUCAUCACUAUUUAAAAAGUGAGUAUCAGUACUAGUAGUACUAGUAGUAUUAAUACCAAUUGAUACAUUAGUACAAAAUAGUCAUGUAUAUGCAUAAGUUUUUCUUAAGAAAUUCAGCUUAAUUUAAUUUAUAAAGUUUAAUUUAGGUAUAAAAAAGGCAAUUAUUAGUAACAAUACUUAAAAUUGUAAUGGUAAAAAAGUGUUAUAAUAGCAGGCCUAUGAUUACCUACAGUAUUAUCAGAAAUACUUGCAAUACAGUUCCUUGUGAAGCAAUACAUUAACAUAUUUAUUAAUUAGAAAUGUGAAAAUAAGUGCUGCAUAUAUGCGAAAUA